GACACAAUUUCUUAGUCCUCGCAGAAUUAUACGACUCAAAGAAAAAUGAUAUUGCAAAAGAUACGGAGGAAUUAAAAAACAUUAUUUAUCCUACAUACAAAGAAAUCACAAACGAUCUAGAAACACAGAUUACUAACUUGGAUGGAAAAUAUGACAAACUUACAACAGCCGUGACAGAACAUGGAAAACAAUGGCACAGAGAAAUUGACAAUGUCAUCAACGCCAUGAAAAAAGAAAUUGAUGAUUUUAAAGUAAAACACCAUGAAAUGUUGAAGAAAUAUGCAGAGGAAUUCAAACAAUUACAAUGUCUUAUUGAACAAACUCUGUUCAACUUGAAAAAGAUCGAAGAAUCAAAUGAAGUGUCUAUGACCAUGGAAUACAGCUCCAGAAACAAAGAAUUCAGCAAACUUCCUCCCACAGUUAAUGUAUCACUGUCCAUUUUUAAUGCUAAACCAAUAGAUAGAGAAAAGCUCUACAAGUUGUUUGGAUCUCUUACACCAUUAUCUAUUACAUCAGAAGAAAAUGACUACAAACUAAAGAAACAAGAAAUAACAACCAGAGAACUGCUAGAAGAACCAGAACUUAUCACUUCUAUAGAAACUGGGUAUGAAAAACUCCGCAAUGUUACCUGUCUCAAUGAAGAAGAAAUCUGGACAAGUGGAAUAGUCAGUGAUAUGAAAUGCUUUAACAUUCAAGGCUCACAUAUCAAGACAAUAACAAAAGAAUCAAGGACAUUUCCCAAUGAUAUAGCCGUGACAGGUGAUGGAGAUCUAGUAUACGCUGAUGGGAGGAAAGGGACUAUUAAUAAGGUUAAGAAUGGAAAGACAAAGAAAAUAAUCAGGCUACAGGGCUGGACACCUGGUUAUCUCUGUGUCACCUCCUCUGGGGAUCUCUUGGUUAGCAUGUUCAGUAAUGAUAAAACACAAUCAAAGGUUGUCCGUUACUCGGGCUCCACAGAGAAACAAACAAUCCAGUUUGAUGAGGAGGGUAAACCUCUGUAUUCAGGAAAUGACACAAUUAAGUACAUCAGUGAAAACAGAAACCUGGAUAUCUGUGUGGCUGACAGUGCAGCUGGUGCUGUUGUAGUUGUCAACCAAGCUGGAAAACUCCCAUUUAGAUACACUGGUCAUCCUCCUACCGUAAAGAAGAAACCAUUUAAACCUUAUGGCAUCACAACAGACAGUCUGUGUCAGAUCCUGACAGCAGACGGUGAUAACCACUGUAUUCACAUCCUAGACCAGGACGGAGUGUUCCUCCGUUAUAUAGAUAACUGUGAUCUGAAGGAUCCAUGGGGAUUAUGUGUGAAUAAAAAUUAUUUGUUUGUUGCUGAAUGGGGAGGAAAGGUUAAGAAAAUUAACUACCUUAAAUAUUUUGCAGAAGCUAUGGAUCCCCACCUCAGUGCCCAGGAUGUGAUGAGAUGUGACCUUUGUGAGACAGCUAUAGUACAGAUGUACUGUGAUUUCUGUCAUGUCAAUCUCUGUAAGCCCUGUAUUGGAUAUCAUAUUGCUGAUGAAUAUGACAAACAUAAAAUUGUCCCAUUCCAACAAAGAAAAUCAACCUUGAUCUAUCCAAAGUGUGCAACACAUCCAUCCAAAUUAUGUGAUCUACAGUGCAAGUAAUGUAACUACCCUGUUUGCUCCUUAUGCUCUGCAUCAGAACAACAUAAAGGACACAAUUUCUUAGUCCUAGCAGAAGUAUACGACUCCAAGAAAAAAGAUAUUGCAAAAGAUAAAGAGGAAUUACAAAACAUUAUUUAUCCUACAUACAAAGAUAUCACAAAAGAUCUAGAAACACAGAUGACUAACUUGGAUGGAGAAUAUGAGAAACUUACAACAGCCGUGACAGAACAUGGAAAACAAUGGCACAGAGAAAUUGACAAUGUCCUCAAUGCCAUGAAGAAGGAAAUUAAUGAUUUUAAAAUAAAACACUUUGACAUUUUGAAGAAACAUGCAGAAGAAAUAAAACAAAUACAGACUCUCAUUGAACAAACUCUGCUCAACCUAAAAGAAAUAGAAGAAUCAAAUGAAGUGGCCAUGUGCAUGCAAUGCAGCUCCAGAAACAAAGAAUUCAGCAAACUUCCUCUCAAAGUGAACGUAUCACUGCCCAUUUUAAAUGCUAAACCAUUAGAUAGAGAACAUAUGUACAUGUUCUUUGGAUCUCUUGUACCAUUAUCUACCACAACAAAUGAAAACGGCUACAAACUGAAGAAACCAGAAACAUCAACCAGAAAACUGCUGGAAGAACCAGAACUUAUCACUACUAUAGAUACUGGGUAUAAAAAUCUCCGCAAUGUUACCUGCGUCAGUGAAGAAGAAAUCUGGACAAGUGGAAAAGUCAGUGAUAUGAAAUGCUUUAACAUUCAAGGCUCACAUAUCAAGAAAAUAACAAAAAAGUCAGGAACAUUUCCAAAUGAUAUAGUAGUGACAGCGGAUGGAGAUCUAGUAUACUCUGAUGGGAAGCAAAUGACGGUUAAUAAAGUUAUGAAUGGACAGCCAAAGGAAAUGAUCACACUACAGGACUGGAUACCUGGCAAUCUUUGUGUCAAUUCCUCUGGGGACCUCCUGGUUACCAUGCGCAGUAUAGAUGCAACACAAUCCAAGGUUGUCUGUUACUCAGGCUCCACAGAGAAACAAACAAUCCAGUUUGAUGAAGAGGGUAAACCUCUGUAUUCAGCAAAUAUGACCAUUAAGUACAUCAGUGAGAACAGAAACCUGGAUAUUUGUGUUGCUGACUAUGGAGCUGGUGCUGUUGUAGUUGUGAACAAAGCUGGAAAACUCCGACUUAGAUACACUGGUCAUCUUCCUAUGAAAAAGAUUCCAUUUAAACCCUGUGGUAUCACAACAGACAGUCAGAGUCAGAUCCUGACAGCAGACCGUGAUAACAACUGUAUCCACAUCCUAGACCAGGACGGACAGUUCCUUCGUUUUUUAGAUAACUGUGAUCUAAAGGCUCCGAUUGGUUUAUGUGUAAAUAAAAAUUAUUUGUUUGUUGCUGAAAUGGGAGGAAAGGUUAAGAAAAUUAAUUACCUUACACAUGUUAAAUAGAGAUACAUGUACAAGUAUAUGUAAUUAUGUAUAUGCUUGUGAAAAAGGUGAUUAUCACAAGUCGCGUCUAUUUUGAUUGGUUUACAAAUGAAUUUGAAAUAUUUCUUUGUAAACAAAAAUCACAUUUAUUCUUCAA